GUAUUGUCCUAGAUUCUGAAUUCUUAUUGAAUCAUUAUAAUAAUUUUACUAAAUACAAAACUAUCAUUUUGUUUAAACUAGAAAAAUGGGUGACGAAUUAGUACAUGCUGUUCUGGCAGGGUUGAAUGAAUCUGCGUCCAAGGGAGGAUUAAUUAUCAGGAAGAAGAAGGACGAAGGAGGCGGAGAUUCAGCGUUCAAGUUGCCGACUGGAGGCUCGAGGUUAGGACUGGACAAGCUUGCUGUAAUCAAGGAGAGGGAAAGGAAGGAGGCCGAGGCUGCUCUCGCAAAGAAACGUCAGCUCGAGGACGGGGACGAGGAUAUAACCAGUGACAAAUUUAAAAGGAAAGAGUUAAAGAGGGAUCGUGAGUACAGGGAGAUUAAAGAAGAAACUCCCUCUCAUACUGGAGGAGUGAGUGAGGAGGCGAGGAGGAGGGAGGAGGAGAGAAGGAAGAAGGAAGAGAGAGGAAUUACAUAUGAUUCUAGAAAUAAGGAUAGAGAUGAAAGGAAAAGGGAUAGAAAUAACGAUCGUGAUAGAAAACGGGAUCGUUACGACCGAGAUCAGGAUCGGGAUCGUGAUAGGUAUCGUGAUGAAGAUCGUGACCGUUACCGACGCAAGGAUCGUGGUGAUCGAUCAGGUCGUCACAAUGACUGGGAGCAUGAGACCCCCAGGUCGGAUCGUGGAAUGAAAGAUGACACCCUGACCCCGUUGAUCCGUGUGAAGAACACCCCCGGACACGCCGGAUGGGAGGAGGAUGAUACUCCCAGUAAACUCUCAAGCUGGGAUCUACCAACCCCAAACAGUGGACGACGAGACGAUGAUAGUAUACGGAGUUCAGAUUGGAGAUCGGAUAAAUUCACCUCUAGAAGGGAUAAAUUUAACAGGAAGUAUGAUAAAGAGACUCCUUUACCCACCCCCAGCUACAAAAAGAACAACUGGAUGAAGGAGAACAAACCAGGGCAGAUAAAGAAGGAACGGGAACCUGUGGACAUGGAUCAGUACAACGAGGAGGAGAAGAGGUUGGACAGAGACUGGUACAACAUGGACGAGGGGCAGGACGAGUACCACAACGCCUUCAGCAACAUCUCAGAGGAGUACAUCAAACAGAAGGUAGCGCAGCAGGAGUUGAAGAGAGUAAAGCAUCUGACUGCUAAACAAGCUGCUAGGAAGAAGGAUAAUGAAAUGUGGGAGAAAAAUAGAAUGAUAAGAUCAGGAGCUGUACUCCGUCUGGAUUACGACGAAGAUUUUGAGGAGGAAGGUGAGGCGAAGGUUCACCUUCUCGUCACCAACAUUAUCCCCCCCUUCCUGGACGGUAGAAUCAUCUUCACUAAGCAGCAUGAACCUGUUAUACCUAUUAAAGAUCCAACUAGUGAUAUGGCAAUGGUCUCAAGGAAAGGCUCCAGGCUAGUUCGGAUACACAGGGAGCAGGCAGAGAGGAAGAAAGCGCAGAAGAAAGAAUGGAACUUGGCUGGAACUAAACUAGGAAAUAUUCUCGGCAUUGAGAAGACGGAUGACAGGGAGCACAAAGAUAUGGACGAUCACACAGAUUUCAGAGAAAACUCAAAAUUUGCCGAUCAUAUGAAGGUUGACCAGGAGGGAGGGAAGACUGAUUUCAGCAGAACUAAAUCCUUGAAACAGCAGAGAGAGUUCCUUCCUGUAUACGCGGUCAGACAGAAGCUUCUUCAUCUUAUCAGAGACAAUCCGGUCGUUAUUGUUAUAGGUGAGACAGGAUCUGGUAAAACUACCCAGCUGACCCAGUUCUUGAUGGAGGACGGAUAUACUAAAUAUGGAAUGAUCGGAUGCACACAACCUAGAAGGGUUGCCGCUAUGUCCGUUGCUAAGAGAGUUAGCGAUGAAGUUGGCGUAGAACUAGGAGAUGAAGUUGGAUACUCUAUCAGGUUUGAAGAUUGUACAAGCGAGAAGACAAUUAUUAAAUACAUGACAGAUGGUAUUUUGUUGAGAGAGUCGCUUAGAGAACCUGAUCUAGACAUGUAUUCCUGUAUUAUAAUGGACGAAGCUCAUGAAAGAUCACUAAACACAGACGUCCUUUUCGGCCUGCUCCGCUCUGUAGUUGCGCGGCGGAGAGAUAUGAAACUAAUUGUUACUUCCGCAACGAUGGACGCAGGAAAAUUUGCGGAUUUUUUCGGCAACGUUCCCACAUUUACAAUCCCCGGUCGUACCUUCCCCGUCGAAAUAAUGUACAGUAAAAACGUGGUGGAGGAUUACGUGGACGCUGCUGUGAAGCAGGCGGUGCAGAUCCAUCUGACGGCCGACGAGGGGGAUAUGCUCAUUUUUAUGCCUGGGCAGGAGGAUAUUGAGGUCACCUGUGAUACUAUCAAGGAAAGAUUAGAUGAGGUUGACGAGGCUCCAGGGUUGGCUGUUCUACCGAUCUACUCCCAGCUUCCCUCCGAUCUCCAGGCAAAGAUCUUCCAGAAAGCUCCGGACGGAUUGAGGAAAUGCGUAGUGGCGACAAACAUUGCCGAGACCUCGUUGACGUUGGACGGUAUCAAGUACGUGGUGGAUUCAGGAUAUUGUAAGAUGAAAGUGUACAAUCCGAGAAUAGGUAUGGAUGCUCUACAGAUAUUUCCUGUAUCUCAGGCUAAUUCUAACCAGAGGUCGGGCCGAGCCGGUAGAACUGGUCCGGGCCAGUGUUACAGGCUCUACACGGAGAGACAGUACAGGGAAGAACUAUUAACCACCUCUGUGCCUGAGAUCCAACGAACUAACCUGGCCAACGUGGUUCUCCUUCUCAAAUCUCUAGGUGUAGAGAACCUACUGCAGUUCCAUUUCAUGGAUCCACCCCCGGAGGACAAUAUUCUCAACUCUAUGUACCAACUAUGGAUUCUUGGAGCUCUGGACAACACUGGUCAGCUGACAGAUCUUGGUCGGAAGAUGGUGGAGUUCCCCCUGGAUCCUUCCCUCUCCAAGAUGUUGAUUAUCUCGGAGGAGAUGAGGUGCUCCCUCGAUAUCCUCAUCAUCGUUUCCAUGCUCAGUGUUCCCUCCAUCUUUUUCAGACCGAAGGGCAGGGAGGAGGACAGUGACGCUGCUAGAGAAAAGUUUCAGGUUCCUGAGUCUGACCAUUUAACCCUGUUGAAUGUCUACCAUCAGUGGAAAGCUAAUGGAUACUCUGCGCAAUGGUGCGCCGACCAUUUUAUUCAUAGCAAAGCUAUGCGCAAAGUGCGCGAGGUGCGCGCGCAGUUGAAGGAGAUUAUGGAGAACCAGAAGAUGGAGAUGGUGAGCGCAGGAACGGACUGGGAUGUGAUAAGAAAAUGUAUAUGCGCGGCAUUCUUUCAUCAAGCAGCCAGACUCAGAGGUAUUGGUGAGUAUGUAAACGCCAGGAACGGUAUGCCUGCUAACCUGCAUCCUACCAGCUCUCUCUUUGGUAUGGGGUUCACGGCGGACUACGUGGUGUACCACGAGCUCGUGAUGACCACCAAGGAGUAUAUGCACACCGCAACAGCAGUGGACGGAUACUGGCUCGCGGAGCUUGGGCCAAUGUUCUAUAGUGUGAAGGUGAAGGGAACCAUGUCCAGUGAGACCCGACGUGAAGCAUUGACGCAGUUGAACACCAUGGAGGCGGAGAUGAAGAAGGCGACGGAGAGGAUGAAGGAGAUGGAGGAGGAGAAGGAGCAGGCCAGGCAGAAGGAGAGGAACAGACAGUCCAUUAGUACACCUGGAUCAGAAGUUAAAACUCCAAGACGAACUCCAGCAAGAUUUGGACUCUGAACAUUUAAAAAAAAUUUAAUUAAUCACAAAAAUAAGUUCUGUUCGUACUAACCAUAUCGUGACAUAAAUGUAUAUUUUUUGUCCCCAUGAUCUAAAAAAAUGUUGCAGA